AUGGAUGAGGUCGAAGUUUUGAAGCAGGAUAAGGCAACAAAACAAAGGUUUGAGCUCUCUCAAAUUCUCAAAGCGAAAUUAACCUCCCAUAGGAAAACAACUUAUUACGUCUCGCAGGGAAGAGCAAUCCGCCGUAUGGUUGUUCUCUAUACUCCUAUAGAGGACCUGAUUGCCGAAAAUGAUCGGCGCUGCGAACAUACAGAUGGAGACGCCAAUAUCGAACAAGAUCACCUUCAACGUGGUUCCAUUGAACUUACCAAGGCUCUACCGUGGAUUCACGAGAAGCUGGCAAGUUUUGAACACGAGGAGUCAGAAGAGAUGUUGAGAAAGCUCAAGCGUGGUGCGGACGCGGCUCGUGGAGACGAUACGGGUACUCUCAAAGAGCUUGUUGCCUCAUGGGUGAAUAAUGAUUGUCGUCCGACUCCGCUCAUCAGGACCACCGACAAGCACCGUCGCGGUUUCAUGAGCGACACGUGUGGUAGACUGCUCUGCCCAGCGGAAUGGCAGUGGGACGACCCAGUAAUCAGGGCUGGUAUCCGCGACCGUACAGCUGCUUUUAUUGUGUCUGAGAAUUCGUGGCCGUUGUUCAUGUAUCAAGAUUACGAUGCUGACAUCAAGAAUCUGGAGCGCGGGCUCAUGAAGUCGAAGCUGUUAAUUAUGGCAUUUAAAGCGAUCUUUACUUCUCCCUCAUCUGCCAAUGAAGUCGAUGGCGAAGGCGAUGGCGCCGAUAUCAUUGAGAACCACCGACGCACCCAGCGGCAAUCAGAUCAAACGAAAGUCAAGACCUGUGUCACCUCGAUUAUAGGCAUGCGGAAGGUAACUCCUCAUGCGAUCGCGUAUACAGCUUGCCAGAUUCGGUUUGCUCUUUCUAAUAUCACCUCCUGGCGCACCGUGGAUGGGGAUUUUGAUUAUCAGAUAUACUGGAGCAAUAUUGUAGACUUCUUUGAGAAUGCCCCGGGUCCGGCUGCAUGA